UUGAGAUUUGGAGUGACGUCUGUCCCGGCAGCGCUCGCGCAGAUGUUCCGGUUUCUCCGCCGUUGCCGCUGCUAUACCUGCAAUGGCGGCCUUCAGCAAAUUAGUGACAGCCAAACAUUCUGCGCUCGGAGCGGCCGCUGUCUUUGUACUCUUUGCGUUGAGUAGAAGACGGGGCAGAGGCACAUUGCACAGUAAGAAUGAUGGAAAGCUUUCUCUUCAGAAUGAGAAAGAAGGAAAAAAAGAAAAAGCAGUUGUGGAUAGUGUUUUCUUUGCAAGGAUCUGGAGAAUUUUGAAGAUAAUGGUACCUGGAAUGUUUUCACAAGAAUCUGCAUACCUGAUUCUCAUUGCAGUCAUGCUUGUUGCUCGAACCUACUGUGAUGUCUGGAUGAUUCAAAAUGGAACUAUGAUUGAAAGUGCAAUUAUUGGCCGGAGCACCAGAGAUUUCAAGAGAUAUUUAUUCAACUUCGUGGCUGCAAUGCCAGCUAUAUCUCUGGUAAAUAAUUUCCUGAAGUUUGGUUUGAAUCAACUAAAACUUCGAUUCAGAAUACGACUCACCACCUACCUGUAUGGGGAGUACUUAAAAGGUUAUACAUAUUAUAAAAUGGGUAAUCUUGACAACAGAAUAGCAAAUGCCGACCAGCUAUUAACUCAAGAUGUGGAGAAGUUCUGCAACAGUGUAGUGGAUUUGUAUUCAAAUCUCAGUAAGCAACAUAUUUUUAUUGUCUUACAGCGACCAUACAUGACCUUAGGAACUCUGAGGGAUCAGGUGAUCUACCCAGAUGCACUGGAAGAUCAAAGGCAGAAAGGAAUAUCUGAUCAGGUACUGAAAGAGUAUCUCGACAACGUCCAGCUUGGUCAUAUUCUGGAGCGUGAGGGAGGCUGGGAUUGCAUUCAGGACUGGAUGGAUGUACUCAGUGGAGGGGAGAAACAACGAAUGGCUAUGGCUCGAUUAUUCUACCACAAACCACAAUUUGCUAUUUUAGAUGAAUGUACCAGUGCGGUUAGCGUAGAUGUUGAAGGCUAUAUCUACAGUCACUGCAGAAAGGUUGGCAUCACUUUGUUCACUGUGUCACACAGAAAAUCUCUCUGGACUCACCAUGAGUACUACCUACACAUGGAUGGCAGAGGCAAUUAUGAAUUUAAGCCAAUUACUGCAGAUACAGUGGAAUUUGGUUCUUAAACUCCAUCUGCCAAUUUGAUUAUGGCGGAACGGACUGAAUUGCAGAAUAAAUCUGUUCAAUAUGCAUUCUCUUGUACACUAACUUAAUACUUCAACUUGUAAUUAAUGUCAGUUUGAAAAAAUGCUGUAAAAAUGAAUAAUUACAUUGAUUAAUUUGUAGUCUUGUUGAGAGUUGUAUAUUUGGAAAUAUUAACAUCUAGUAAAAUCCAUCUAGGAAAUGUUUGAAUUAAUAGCUUUAAUUAAGAUAAAUUAAAAUGUUUUAUGUACAGUACAAAUGAAGUAAUCUAGGAAUGCACUGCUGAAUCGCAUGUUCAUGAUAUGCAAUAAUUUGAUAUCUACAAGUCAUUUCCUAAUGUUUUACAGAAAAAAAUAAACUGAAAACUUAAUGUGUUUU